AUGGGAGCUCUCUCUCAAUUCUUCUCCCACCUCUACACCAUAACCCUAAUCUUCUUCACUCUCCUCAUCCUCGAAAUCGUAAUUCUCGUCCGUUCGAUUGCCGGUCUCAAUCCGAAUUCGAGCAAACGUGUGAUCACUACCACACAAUACCUCAAGCUCAUAGAGCAAAAAAAUCCAACAACGUGUUACACACAAAAAUUGAGGAGCGUGAGGCCAGAGGCAACAGAAUGCUCAGUUUGCUUAUCAGAGUUUGAGGAAGGUGACAAGAUUAGGCAGCUCAAAUGUAAGCACACAUUCCACCAGAAUUGCCUUGACAGGUGGCUCCAACAGUAUUGGGCCACGUGUCCUCUUUGCCGGACUAAGGUCUUGUCGGACGAUGUUGUGGCUAGCUAUCACCGGCUGAGAAAUCAGGUACAAUAUGAUGGCAGCGAUGAGGAGCUUAUUUUCUUGUUAUCUUCGUUACAGGGUAACAGCUUACAUAGAUUUUUCUAA